AAUGCUCGUGGAGAAAUUAAGCAUCCCAUCAAGGUUCGAGGUGGCGGCGUCUGCGGCCUCGGCAUGAGCGUCGGUGGAGAUGGCGUCGUCGGCAAUGUCUAGCGCGAUCUCAUCCGCCUCUUGGCCGGCGGAUUGGGCGACGGCGUUGGCGGCAGCAUCUACCGAGUUCUCCCUCCACCACCACCCUCGGAAGUGGCGGAAUAGCCCCAUCACAAGCUUGUUGAAGCAGUACAAUGACUACUAUCAAUUAAGAUCAAAAUGCUCGUGGAGAAAUUAAGCAUCCUAUCAAGGUUGUUGAAGCAGUACAAUUACUACUAUCAAUUAAGAUGACAAAUGCUCGUGGAGAAAUUAAGCAUCCCAUCAAGGUUCGAGGUGACGGUGUCUGCGGCCUCGGCAUGAGCGUCGGUGGAGAUGGCGUCGUCGGCAAUGUUUAGCGCGAUCUCAUCCGCCUCUUGGCCGGCGGACUGGGCGACGGCGUUGGCGGCAGCAUCUCCCGAGUUCUCCCUCCAUUACCACCCUCGGAAGCGGCGGAACAGCCCCAUCACAAGGUUGUUGAAGCAGUACAAUGACUACCAUCAAGGGUCGCUACUAGUUUCUCCCGCAAGUAUUGCCUGCCUUGACUUCAGUCUUCAAAAGACAAAAAUGCAGUUGGGGGUUCAAGUCUUAGUUACAGACCCUAGGGAGCUUGAGAAGAUUCGUCAAAGGUACUUGAUGCACUUACCAUUCAAAGAUGUGGAUCUUGGUAUGCCAGUUUGGGGAGUAUUUCAGAAAUAUACAAGAGUCUAACGGAAGCAACCUCUCUAACAGGUACAGUGGGGAAAAAAUAAAUUUGCACCCU